AUGACUGCCGUCAAUGGCACCGCGCACACAGCAGACGCUCUAGACGCUGUUGACUACGACCCCAUCGACCACCUGAACGCCCUCUUCUCUCAACCAUCGAGCCUCUCGUCCGUCUCCGCCGUCUCGACCUCGUUGCGACGACAUCAAAAUGACCUCGACAGCGACAUCGCAUCGCUCGUCGCAGCGCAGACGACCUCAGACUCGGACAGCGUCAGACGAAUCCAAGAUGCAAACGCAGACCUGGCCGACAUGUUCGCCAAGAUCGAAGGAGUGCGCGAGCGAGCGUUGGAGACGGAGCGCGCCAUCACCGAGAUGACAGCGGACAUCAAGCGGCUGGACAGCACCAAGAAGAACCUCACCCGGUCCAUGACGGCUCUAAAGAGGCUGCAGAUGUUGACCACGGCAUACGAGCAGUUGCGAGGCCUGAGCCAGAGUCGGCAAUACCGAGAAUGUGCACAUCUCCUCCACGCUGUUAUCCAGCUUAUGGCACAUUUCAAGAGCUAUCGGAGUAUCGAUCAGAUCGCUGCCUUGAGUAGGAACGUGGCCGAUGUUCAGAGAGAACUCCUUGAGCAAGUCUGCGAAGACUUCGAGAUCGCUUUCGCAAAGGCCGAGGUGCAGCAGAAGAGAGGCAUGCUGAAUGAAGCAUGUCAAGUCAUGGAUGCGCUAGGCGAACAUGCAAGAGCUAGGCUUAUCACCUGGUACUGCAACACACAGCUACGGGAGUAUCGGCAAGUCUUCCGAGGCAACGAUGAGGCAGGAUCACUUGACAACAUAGCUCGGCGAUACUCGUGGUUCAACAGAAUGCUGAAGACGUACGAUGCGGAACAUGCCAUGCUAUUCCCUUCGACUUGGCGAGUCAACGAAAUGCUAGCGAAUGCAUUCUGCGAAAGCACGCGAGACGACUACAAGGGUAUACUGCAGCGGUCCAUGAGAAGAGCAGAUGGCCAGCCACCGGAUGUGAACCUUCUGCUAUCCUGCUUGCAGGAGACCCUCGACUUCGAACACAGCUUGGAACGACGCUUCUCCGCAGGUGAGUCAAGGUCAUCAAUGGAUACAAUCGCAUCUGGCGAAGACAAGCGUCACGGCUUCAGUCAAGCCAUUUCCGAGGCUUUCGAGCCAUAUCUCAGCAUUUGGGUCGAGUCGCAGGACAAGCAGCUCGCAACCUUGAUACCCAAGUAUCGACAACAGCACAUCCGAAAUCCUGAAGAAGAGUUCCACGCUCAGCUCGUCAUCCCGUCCUCAACUGAGCUGUUUCACAGCUACCGUGUGACCCUUGCACAGUGUGCCAAGCUGUCAACGGGAGGUCGACUGCUGGAGCUAUCGAAGACUUUCGCAAAGUACCUGGACGCCUAUGCACAGCAAGUGCUGUUCUACUUCCUGUCAGAGAAGACAGGUGGGCCGAGCAUUGAAGACGCUGUCAUCAUACUCAACACCGCCGACUACUGCUACACUACGACAAAUCAGCUGGAAGAGAAGAUCCGACAGCGCAUCGACGAUGACCUACGAGAACAGAUUGACCUACAGUCGCAAGCAGACACAUUCAUGGGGGUGGCGUCUGCUGCUGUUCGUGGCUUAGUCCACAAGACAGAAGCCGACUGCGAACCAGCAUGGCGGAGCAUGCGAACAGUGCCAUGGAGCAAGAUGGAGAGUGUAGGCGACCAAAGUGAAUUCGUAUCCACACUGCUACAGCGCGUGAAAGAGCGCAGCAAGGACAUUCUACGAUACCUACACAAGCCACACUACGCGCGAGCCUAUUGCGACAAUCUAGUCGAUGCUUUGGUCAACACCUACCUGACCACCAUCGUGGUCUGCCGACCAGUCUCCGAGACCGGUGCUGAGCAGAUGCUACUCGACUCGUACGUCUUGAAGAAGGGACUUUCCGAACUUGCCACGCUCAAUGCAGAACCUGGCACUCCAUUGAAUGCAACCUUCGUCAAGCGUGUCAACCAGAGUACAGCCAAGCUCGAUCCGGUUCUGAAGACACUUCAAGUCCGCUCGUCACCCCCCGAAGGCUUGGUGCAGGCAUACCUCAUCCACAUCCGCGAUCGAUCGGAGCCGAACUUCCGCAAGAUUCUCGAGCUGAAAGGCAUUCGAAGGAACCAGGAUCAGAGUCAUCUGAUCGAGCUCUUCAAUGCGCACAAAGCCAGUCCCGCCAAUGAGAGCCUGCAAGUCAGCAAUCCAACAGUAGCCGGACUACAAAUGGUUGCACAGCCGGCACCAUCCUCCACCAGUCUCGGCCUCGCAGCACUGAAGGAUAGCGCAGUGCAUGCCUCGCCCACUCUCCCGGGCCGCUUCGAUCCUACCAACUUUGGCACAACGCUGAUGAACGCCGCUCGCGAGGCGGGAGAUAGAUUCGCAGCCGGAACCCCGAAUCUUCCACUCCCAGGUGGAGCAGGAGCAGGCCCCAGUAAUGCCGCUAGCAGGACGACCUCGCCGCCUCCAGUCGGCAGUCCCAUCGACCGUGAAGCUACGCCGAGCCUGAACGAGAAUUUGAAGAACCUUGGGCGCUUCUUCCGGAAGGAUGGUGGCACAUUUGGUGGAUUUGGUAAACCGUAUCAGUAG